CCUCGAGUCAGUCCCGACCAGGGCUUAUGCUCAUCCCAUUCUUCUUCUUCAAGUACGCACUUGCAGACCAACUGUACCUUGCCCUUGUCCUUGGUUUCUUUUGGAAUCUCGUUUUCGUUUAUAUAUCUACUGCUAGCCCCUCGUUCUCUGAGCUACUAUCACUUACAACUCAGCCUGGAAGUCUUGCAGUUACCCCUCCACAAAGUUGGACGACUAACAACUAUCUUACCUAAACAUACGCCAAGAGAUUCACUGACAUCCUUUCGACGACCCAUCUAAUCGGCCAACAACCAAACAACAAGGAGCUCCACCACCUCACCCAUCUUCCUGCUCUUCACAACAGUUGAUCACAUCCACAAUGGAAGGCUUACCCACCCCACCGAACGAGGAGCACCUCAAAACGCAGGCUCCAAAGAGAACACACUCCAACUCCAAGGUUGUCAAGCCAGUACACCGCGGCGGCUCAAAACGCACCAGCGCACAUGGACACCCUCAGUCCCCAUCAAUAGACAGCCACAGCCACAGCCAUUCAGUUGGCGAUGGGAGGCAUAAGAGAGUGUGGAAGGCCUGUGAGAGGUGUAGAAUGAAGAAGACCAAGUGUGAUGGAGAGUUCCCCUGCAAGAGGUGUAAGGACGACGGCCUAGUAUGUACCGCCGGGACCAGGAAGAAGACCGAGUACAAGCAAUUGCCCAGAGGGUACGCUGAGGUGUUGGAAAACACGCAGUUUGCUCUCAUCGCCACAGUCCACAAGCUUUAUGCCAUGGUACGGAGCGGGCAACAAUGGGACCUUGGUGAGCCGGAGCUCAACGACCGUGGCCAACCCGUCAUUCACAACAUUGCUUCCAAGCUUGGCUGCAUCCGACCCAACAGCGAUAUGGACCUUCCUGUGCAUUCCAUCUUCCCUGAGGACGAGGCAGGUCUCGCCGAGCUCGCUAGACAGUUGGAGGAGCAGCAGAAGGCCAACGCCGCGAACAACAGCAGCAGCAACAACAAGCAGGACCGCGACUCAAGUAGAACCGACCGUGCCAGCUCAUCAGAAGUCGACCACUCGGACUUUGAAGACUACCGCAAGACUUUCAACAACGGCACUGCCGUUACCAUGUCACCCGCAAGCCUCAGCUACGGUGAUUUCGACAUCGCCACAGCUACCCCUACUGAUUCAUUCCCCAGCCAGUCUCCUGUCGUGCCGCCUACCACUUUUCCGGCGACAUGGCUCAGCCGUCCGACUUCGAUGGACUUCUCAGCCCCGGAUAAUCUAUCGUAUCUCAGCAUGGAGAUGUUGAACCAGGGCCUUUACGAGUCCAACUUUGGCACCAUCAAGCCCCACGUACUUUCGUGUCCUAACCCCGAGGUCAUGAUGGGAAUGGGUGAUCCGAUGAUGUACUCGGGCUACGACGCCGACCUGCGAAUGUAAGCGAUCGAUGCAUUCGGUAUUAUUCCGGCGUAAAUACCCUGGUACAGAACAACCAACUCGACAACUCGAUAUACACGCACAUACGGACAUGCACUACGGUGCAUCACUACAAUCAGUACAUGGCAUCAUGGAAUCGGGGUUAACGAAAAUGGCUACACAAGCGACUCUCGGGUUUCAAAACAGUUCAUUGGGUGGAUCGGACAAUUUGCUUAGGGGUUUCGGCAAUACGGAGCAAGGCAGCAUUUGCAAAAGGCGUAUCAACAGACAAGGGGAACAACAACCAAAUGGAGGGGUAGCUCGCCGUGAUGAUUUUUCAUCAAGCACCGCAGCACAAGAGCAAACCUUUUUCACUUCUCUCUCUCUUUUCUCUCCUAGAGCUAGAGAGAGUUAUCUUUCAUUACCACUCAUUCCAAUUGGCGGCAAGGAGUUUAUGGUGCACGUUGGUGGGUUGUGUGGCUUGGCUUCGCAUUUUCAGGGAGAGAUUGGGCUUUGUUGGCUUUUUGGCUUAUACAGGUGUUGGAUUUUGGGCGGGUAUUGGUCGGUUGGUAACCUGGGUUUGGGGGUGUUGGUUGGCUCUUUUUUUUUUAUUUUGUUCUGAAUGCAUUGCAUGGCUACUUUACCUUGCUUAUCCUUGAAGGAUGGUCAAUGUCAGCAAGCCCGAACGGGGUCUUUUUUCCUCGCCGUCUUCGCCUUUUCCAGGGUCUCACGCAGGUUGGGGGGGAAAACCCACAGUCACACAACAAGUCGGUGGUUUCAAGUUACCGGACGCCGAGAUUUGUUUCCUGCGUGUCUCCAUAAGCGAGAUGUUUAGUCACUUUUGCAUUCAGUAGAGAUACAACGAUGCUGCGUACCUGCAGCUACGAAUACAGCAGCGAAG